AUGAAAACAGAGGCAAGAAGUUUUGCAGAACCAACGGACAAUAAAAAGUCCAGAAUAGAAAACAGAAGAGUGUCAAAGGAGGCUCUGGAGCUGAAAACGAUACAGCUGGAAGAAAAGCUCCCAAAUGACAUUGAUAAAUCCAUAGAGCUGCGAGACAUCCUCGUCCUGUGCACUUCUGAGAAAAUUAAUAUUACGAAAUUAUUUGGAUUCUUCAAAGAAAGAGGGACCUACAACGACAUAAACAUCUACUUCAGAGACUGCAUACACAUUAUCGUGCACGAGAAGAGACAGGGCGACAUAUUCAUAUUCAGAUACGGGGUGGUUGUGUUCUGGGGCGUGAGCGAGGAGACACGAGACAGGAUACUGGCACAGCAGCAGUUCUUCGAAGAGAAAAGCUAUCCAAAGGAGAUAGUAGAGAGAGAAGACUUCAGAUACGGAAUAGUCAAAGAAGGAGCAUCGAUUGUCAAUGAUGUGAUCUAUCUAGACACUGAGUCAUUGUACAACAAAAUGAUCAUAUCCAAUGCGCUCGCACAAAGCACAAAGUUGGACGUAUUCGAAGGACACGCAGAGAGAACGAUUGAAAGCAUCAGGGGCCUGCCUGAUGAGAUAGUUGCAAAAGGAUUUACCACGAGAAAGAGAGAGGAAGUCGUUAAAAUGAUAGGAAUAUUGCACAGACUGAAGUUCAAUCUGAACUUGUCCACGAACAUUCUUGACACUCCGGAAAUACUGUGGUACUAUCCGAACUACACCUCACUCUAUGAAAGCUUCAAGCUCUACCUGGAGCUAAAGAGCAGAACAGACAUUGUAAACCAAAAGUGCGAUGUAAUUCAUGAAAUACUGAGCCUACUUUCCACGCACAUAAAUACGAUCAGCGGAGAAAGACUGGAGAAGAUUAUUAUUCUUCUGAUCUGUGUGGAGAUAGGAAUAGGCUUGCUUGCACUGGUGUGGAGGCACUGA